AUGACCCGGGACGAGGCACUGCCAGACUCGUACUCAGCCCAGGGCUUCUACGAGAACUACGAGCCCAAGGAGAUCCUGGGCAGAGGAGUGAGCAGUGUUGUCAGGCGCUGCAUUCACAAGCCCACGUGCCAGGAGUAUGCUGUGAAGAUCAUUGACAUCACUGGUGGAGGCAGCUUCAGCCCUAAGGAGGUGCAGGAGCUGCGGGAGGCCACGCUGAAGGAGGUGGACAUCCUGCACAAGGUCUCAGGGCUCCCCAACAUCGUACAGCUGAAGGACACUUAUGAGACCAACACUUUCUUCUUCUUGGUGUUUGAUCUGUACCACAGGAUGAAGAGAGGGGAGCUCUUCGAUUACCUCACUGAGAAGGUCACUCUGAGUGAGAAGGAAACUAGGAAGAUCAUGAGAGCCCUGCUGGAGGUUAUCCGCAACUUGCACAAACUCAACAUUGUGCAUCGGGAUCUGAAGCCUGAGAACAUCCUUUUGGAUGACGACAUGAACAUCAAGCUCACAGACUUUGGUUUUUCCUGCCAGCUGGAGCCAGGAGAGAAGCUGCAAGAGGUCUGUGGGACCCCCAAUUACCUGGCCCCUGAGAUCAUUGAAUGCUCCAUGAACGAUGACCACCCAGGCUACGGGAAGGAGGUGGACAUGUGGAGCACAGGGGUCAUCAUGUACACCCUGCUGGCGGGCUCCCCGCCCUUCUGGCACCGGAAACAGAUGCUGAUGCUGAGGAUGAUCAUGAGUGGCAACUACCAGUUUGGCUCGCCUGAAUGGGAUGAUUAUUCAGACACUGUGAAGGACUUGGUUUCCCGCUUCUUGGUGGUGAACCCCCAGGGCCGCUGUUCAGCAGAAGAGGCCUUAGCGCAUCCCUUCUUCCAGCAGUAUGUGGUAGAAGAAGUGCGUCACUUCAGCCCCCGGGGCAAGUUCAAGGUGAUCGCUCUAACAGUACUGGCUUCAGUGCGGAUCUACUACCAGUACCGCCGGGUGAAGCCUGUGACCCGGGAAAUUGUCAUCCGUGACCCCUACGCCCUCCGGCCUCUGCGCCGACUCAUCGACGCCUAUGCUUUCCGAAUGUAUGGCCACUGGGUGAAGAAGGGACAGCAGCAGAACCGGGCUGCCCUCUUCGAGAACACACCCAAGGCUGUGCUCCUUUCCCUGGCUGAGGAAGACUAUUGAGCGGCUGGCAGGCGGGGUAGGUAGGGUGGGCGACAGGCAAGGAGGGAAAGCCACAGAAAUGUAAGUUGAGGAGUAAGACCAUGCCCAGGCCUCUAUCCACAGGGGGCACUUGGCCCUGGUCAGGACCCCUGGCACUAGGGCCACCAUCCCCUCUCAGAGGCUCUGCACAAGAAGAGCAGGGUGCUCCUAUCACACGUUUUAAGUGUGGUCAGGGCCAGGCCCCAUGGGGGGGCAACUAGCAUUUGGGUUUGAGAGCUUUCCUGCUUCUCUCCUUCCCAGCUGUACCACCAUCUCAGGUCCUUCCCUGAGGCCCAGAGUUCCUGACACUCAC